UCCGUCCCCCUGCGCCCCUCUCUCGACAGUUUACUUGAGCCGAGCAGCGGCGCACCCAGUAAGAGUGUGGUGUACACGGAGGCGUCGGUGGAGCCAUGGCACCGGCUGAGCGGCUCCGACUCACGGCUCUGGCGACCCGACGACGCACUGGCCGCCGGCCACCGGCGUCGCUCCACCUCUCAGCAGCUGCCGUCCCCCCGGGGCAGCGCCCAGGGCGACCUGGCAGGCUCGCGGCGCAGCUCGAUCGCCUCGCUGGUGACGCAGCUGCAGGGCAACUUCCGGGCUGGCAGCUUCAGGUCGCGCUCGCCCAGUCCGCGGGCGUACCACUCGCCGACGGCCUCGCUGCGGCGCGGCCGGCGGCCGCUCUCGCCCUACAGGGAGCGCUCGCCGUCGCCGGUCGGCUUGUUCCCGCGCGCCAGACUGCCCGGUCCGCGGCCGCCCAUGGACCAGUGCGACUGGUCACUGCCGCGCGGCCAGCGCCGCCUGCCGAACGAGCGGGCCGUCUCCAUCAGCCCGGAGCGACGGCGGCGCGGCGAGCCCGCCUACGGCACCUCCUCCUUGGACCAGCAGAGCCGCUCGCCGUCACCGCCGGCGCCGCGGCGCGCCGGCAACUCGUACCCGACGCUGCCGACGCGGCGGAGUGGAGGCCGCCGCUUGCCGCCGACGCCGACGCGGCCGUCGACACUCGACCCGGCCGAGUUCCCGCAGGUGGCGCGCGCCGCCGGCUUCCGGCUGGCGCCGGCCGGCUCCGCCUUCAACUUCCCCAAGGUCAACGCUUCGCCGACGCACGCCCCGCGCCGCAUGCCGACGCCGGGCGGCAGCGCGGCGCGGCGCCCGCCGCUGCCGCCGUACCCUGCCGAGCCGCAGCCACCACUCAGCUUCGAGCAGGCCGUGGCCAUGGGUCGCGGCACACGGCAGCUGCCGUCGCCGAUCGUGCCCAAUGGCUACAAUCUUUCAGCGUGCAGUGCAGACGUCUGUUGUGUGCCCUGCCGAGCGGGCGGCGCCCGCCACUGCCCCUUUUUGUACCGCGCGCCGACCGGCCUGAGCUCCGGAUGA